ACACAAGCCCCGAGCGCCGCCAUCCCAGCGACCCCGGAAGAUAAGAGCUGCAGCAAGCGCCCCGCACCUUCGAUCCCGGGGCGCGCUCAGCCAAAGCGUCCCCGGACACCUGUCCGCCGCGCCUUUGCGCAGCGCUCUGCAGAGCGGAGCGAUGAGCCCGGCCGAUCGCAGGCAGGGCCAGCGGCGGCGAAGGCGGAGAGAGCGAGGCCCAGAGGGAGGAGUCUCCGGCAACGCCAGCGACGGCCCCGCCGCAGCUCCGGGUCCUGGAGCCCUCCGGCUGCUGGCUGCCUUUAUUUUGCUGCAGGAGCCUCCUCUGCACCGGGAUCCUCGCGCGCUCCCUCCGUCUCUCCAUGCCUUUUAGGGAAGUGAAGCUGGCUUCAUAGAUUUGGGCUGUUUUCACCAGACACCUGCUAAGGAUUACAGCCUGAAAGUUGAAGUUUCAUCUAAUGCAAUGACCCAGCAGCCACAGGAUGAAUUUGACAGCAGCGUGGAGAAGGCAGUAGACUGGAUGAAGACCAUUCAGGAGAGACUGCGGAUCAAUGACAACACCAAGGGACCUAGGUCUGCCCUGGAGGCCAGGCUAAGAGACACAAAGAAAAUCUGUGCUUUGGAACCUGAGGGCCGGUUGAAGAUGGACUUGGUUCUCAUGAAGGCCGACGCUCUCCUUCAGUGCACCGGCGAGGAGAAGAAACACGAGAUAUUAUCCAAACUAAAGGAUAUUAAAGCCAUGUGGGAAGAGACAGCCAUAUACAUUACGCAUUGUCACAGCCGUAUCGAGUGGGUGUGGCUACACUGGAGUGAAUACCUGAAAGCCCAAGAUGAAUUUUACGUAUGGAUUCACAACAUGAAGGUGACUUUGGAGCCUGACAUAGAGCUGCAGCUUGGCCUGAAGGAGAAAGAGUGGCAGCUCAGCCAUGCCCAGGUCCUGCUGAACGAUGUUCUAAACCAGUCAGCCCUGUUGGAACGGCUGCUGGAAGAAGCCUCUUCCCUCUACAACAGGAUUGGGGACCCAAGUGUUGAUGAGGACAUCCAGAAGAAGAUGAAAGAGGAAUACGCAGACGUCAAGGACGAAGCACAGAGGAGAGUGCAGCUGCUCGAAAAGAUAACAAAGGAACACGAGCGAUAUAAGAGCAACGUGGACCAGUUUCAGCUGUGGCUGACCCAGGUGACAGAGAGAUUAAACUCCUGCCUUAGUCAAGAAGCAAAAUCACCAGCAGAGAACAGAAUUAAGUCAUUGCAGGACAUUGCCAAAGAUGUGAAGAGUGGGGAAAAGAAAUGGCGACAUCUUGAAGCUCAGUCUACAGGUGUGAUGCAGAACACCUCCCCGCUGGGAGCCGAGAAGUUGAAAGAGGAGCUUGAGGAUCUGAAGAAAGCCCUGGAGAAGCUGAAGGUGGUCAGCGCUGAGGAAGAAGAGAGGCUGCUGAAGAGCCUUAAAUCUGAAAACGCCUAUCAUUCGCAAGCCAGGCUCUUGGAAGGCGAGGUCCAGGACUUCCGUAAAAGCCUGAAGAGAUUAGGAAGCACCUUUGAAUCAGAUGACAGAGUGAGAGGCGAUGAAGACUUAAUCACUCUGUGGAGAAAAUUCAUGGCAGCAAAGGCAACUCUUGCAGCAGAGGAAUCAAAGGUUGAGAGACUGAAGGCUCAGCUGAAGGAUUUGUUCAGGUUUUCGCAAGACACGCAAGCACUUUCCGAAAGCAUGAUAGGCCUAAUACGGGAAUAUCAAAGCCUGAAGCAGAAGACAUUUAAAAUGAGCACCGAGACUGAGACAGAACUGAGGCAACGCUUUCAAAACCCCGUGAGAGAGUUCCAGCUGUGGAAGCCAUCGGCUCAGAGGCUCUUGGACACAGCGGCGAAUGUUUCUGACCCGGCCUUGACAGACGCUUUUCUGCAUCAGAUAGAGGCAUUUCUGGCCGAAAGCUCCCGCUUUAAGGAGCAGCUCAUGAUGUUGCAGAUGAAGAAAGAUUUCCUGGGCAGCAUUUUCGAGGCAGAGAGAGCAAAGUCGCUCCUGGCGGAAGCAGCUGAUGCCACAAAGGAAACAGAACACUUGCACAAAAGUCUGCUUCAGAGCAAAAUCAGGUUGCAGGCUUUGGUGUCUCAGCAUAAAGACUUUGAUGCGGUCUUCGAGCCUUUGCAGAAGAAAUUGUCUGCUAUCAGAGCCAAGUUGGAGGCAGAGAAGGAACCGUUGCCUGACCUGGCGAGCAAAGAAGCCCGGCUGCAGAGGCUACAGGUCAUCCAAGGCGACAUGACAGAGUGCGCUGUUCAAAUCGAAGAUCUGGAAAAACUUGCGCAGUCCGACCCAGCGCAGAUUAAUAAAACCAAGCAGCUUUCCUCCAGCUAUCAAAUACUGAAGAGGUCUCUGGAGAACAUGACAGCCCAGAGCAAGCACCACGUCCAAGUCCACUGGACAUUUAAUGACAAAUCGUCAGAUCUCCUGCAGUGGCUGACGGUGACCAAGCAGAAGUUGGAGUCCUAUCAGGAUGGCAACGGAGGGUGGAAAACGAACAACAGGGCUUUGGACUUGGAGAGGCUGCAAAGUGAGUUUCCAGACAGAGAGAUUCAGCUGCACCUCACUGAAGCCCACGGGCAGCUGGUCGCAGAAAACUCUUCGCUGGAAGGUGCUGAGAACAUCCGAACCAAAGUGAAGAGGCUAAAGGAAUCUUUCGAGUCUCUCGAAAGCAUGAUGUCAAGCCUCCUCCAGAAAAUCUACCCAAACAGGACAACCGUAGAUGCCGGCAAGAAAACAAACUUUUCAGCCAACCUGUCAUCCCAUGGUUUUGCCAUUCGGUCUACAGAAGAUCUCAACCACUCCUGGGAGAACAUGGCCAAAGAGGAAGAUACAGAUGAUCUCCAGCUCAUCAAGAACUUCGACCAGUGGUUGCAAGAAGAAAAUGCCAAGCUGUCCAAAAUUCUCGCCCAGAAACCAUCCAGUGGUGAAGAGCUUAAAGCAAAGCGCAGCAAGUUAAAGGAGCUUCAGUCUCGCGUCCCUGAGGGUCAGCAACAUUUUGAAGAUCUCCUGCGCCUUCGGCCGAUUGUUAAGAACUCCGAUGAUCUGGAGGAGCUGCGCUACCGAUGGAUGCUCUACAAGUCGAAACUGAACGAUUCCGGCAACUCCUUGGCAACAAGCUCUUUGGAGGAGACAGACACAUUUAGAAAGGGACGACCAGCCGGGGCAUGUUCCUUCCUGCGCCGCGUCUGCUGCGCCGCUUUGCCUCUCCAGCUGCUCCUGCUCCUCCUCCUGCUCCUUGCCUUCCUGCUGCCUCUCGUAGAGGAGACGCACAGCUGCAAGCUCGCCAACAAUUACGCCCGCUCCUUCAACCUGGUGCUGAGAUACAACGGCCCACCACCAACUUAAAAGUCCUCUACGCAUGAAGGUGCAGCUGAGGUGACAGAUUAAGUUAUCCGAGUGGCUUUUCCCUGAGGUGUCUCGCCUCCUGCAGGUCCCCCAGAAUCCAAGGCAACUCACUAAGGGACCCGUGUAAACUGGAAACUUGGUCAAAUGACCUGCAUUGUCCAUAUAGGCUCAGUCCAUAGAAAUGAAGUAUUCAUACUUAGAGCUAUAAUUAUAUUUUUAAAAAUAUAUGGCUAUAUUUAUACUGUAUAUAUGAUUUUUAUAUAUGUGUCUCAAUGAAAGAUAUCUUGAAAUCACCGUUUCCAUUUUUAACCCUGCCAAUUUUAUUGCUGUUCUUAUUUUAUGCCUUUGUCUUCGCUGAGUAACAGUAAAUGUUUCAAUUAAAUCCUUGUCUAAGCAUAGAAACCAAAAGCUAAGGCAUAACCACAAAGGGGGACAAAUGUGAGGCUGUUGUGGGGCCAGCGGAAAGAUAGCCACACAAGUCAAGUUCCAUCUCCUCAACCCAUGAAUGUUAUGAAAACUACAGCUGCCACCUACUUGAAGAGAUCCUGGUUGAUUAAUUGUAGUUGUUGAUUAAGUACUUAAAUCUAUUCAGUUUGCAUGCAUUUGGAAACGAGUAAGAACUGAAGUGAAACAGCAAACACAUAUUGCCUGUAUCUUUAGAGCAGGCAUAGGCAAACUCGGCCCUCCAGAUGUUUUGGGACUACAAUUCCCAUCAUCCCUGACCACUGGUCCUGUUAGCAAGGGAUGGUGGGAGUUGUAGUCCCAAAAGCAUCUGGAGGGCCAAGUUUGUCUAUGCUUGCUUUAGAGGGUGGACAUCUGCUUUUGCAGCAGGUACCAGCAACAUGCGGUCAGUGGAGUAGGGGAACUAGGCUAGUCCCUUAAAGGCUCCAAAAGCCCUCCUGCCACCCUCUCAAAGCCUGCCCAGCCUUGGGAAGGAGGCAGCUGGGAUCCAGCAUCCUAUCAGAGGAUUGGUGCCUCCUUCCCGAAGCCCGGGAAGCUUAGGGAGGGAGGCACGAUGCUCACACCUGCAACAUUCCCCUGCUCCCCGCAUUGCCCUCGCAAGCUGACUAUUCUACAAAAAAAUUCACUGCAUGCCAUUGGCAGGCCCUAUCUUUUCUCCUCCGUGUGAGAGAAAAUGGGAAAUACCUCUUUUACAGGUGAUGCUUUCUUUCUUCUGUUUUUAUAUGUACAUGCAUUUAAAAGAUAUUUUUUUUAAAAAAAAACUGCUACCCAGUUAAUCAGAGCAUUAUUAUUAUUAUUUAGUUGUUCAAAAAGGAAUUAGUCCGUUAAUCUAACCAAUUAAUCAGCUAGCAGUCGCAACCCUGUACCUGUUCCACACGAUUGGCUGUGGCAAGAUAGUAAUAUCAUACCACGUUUUCAUAAUUACAUUCUAUGGUCGGAGGAAGGGAACUCCACAUGGAGCUGCCUUUUUUUAGUGGCAACCAUUGAGCUUCUCACCGCCAGUUCUACCCAAAGUGUGAGAAGGUAAGAGAUUAUCCUGGGAAUUCUGUGGCACCGGAAGACUCAAUGUGCCCCCGAGUGAAUGCCAGCUUCUGGGAAUGCCAGCACAGAGAGUCCUGUUGCAGUCAGGUCCUGCUUAUGAGCUUCCCAUUGGUACCUGGUUGGCCACUAUGAGAAUUGAAUGGGUCUUUGGCCUGAUCCUGCACAGACUUCCUAUGUUUCAUAUGCAAGAUGAGGCCCCUGAACCUUGCUGCGCCAUCUCGUCUCUCUUCCCCGUUACUGCUAUGCUCCUGUUAUCAACACUUUCUCUCUCGCACCCUUAACAUAACUUGAAAUACUUAAGUCCGAUUGACCCCUCUCUAUUGUUUCACUUCUUACCAACCGGCAAAAGAUCCUGCCAACCUCGGCAGGAGAGAUGUUUCUGGAGGAGGAGGAGGCAGAAGCACAGGGUGAUUGUAGGCAACAUAGCAGACAUUCUCUCCAUGUGCAGAGGUCAGAGCAAAAUAGUGGCAACGUCACUUCAACAUUUCAGAUGUUAUGAUAUUCCCCCCC